AUGUUGAGAUCCAGAAUCCCUGCUACCAGAGCUUUUGUGCGCCACUUGUCCCACAAGGAAUUGAAAUUUGGCGUUGAAGGCAGAGCCGCUUUGUUGAAAGGUGUCAACACUUUGGCUGAUGCCGUUUCCGUCACCUUGGGUCCAAAGGGCAGAAAUGUGCUCAUCGAGCAGCAGUUUGGCUCUCCCAAAAUCACCAAAGAUGGUGUCACCGUGGCCAAGAGCAUCACCUUGAAGGACAAGUUUGAGGACAUGGGCGCCAAGUUGUUGCAGGAAGUGGCCUCCAAGACAAACGAGUCUGCCGGUGACGGUACUACUACCGCCACUGUUUUGGGUAGAUCCAUUUUCACCGAGUCUGUUAAGAACGUUGCUGCUGGUUGCAACCCUAUGGACUUGAGAAGAGGUACCCAGGCCGCCGUGGAGGCUGUGGUUGACUUCUUGCAGCAGAACAAGAAGGAGAUCACCACUUCCGAAGAGAUUGCCCAGGUGGCCACUAUCUCUGCCAAUGGCGACUCGCACAUCGGUAACUUGUUGGCUUCAGCCAUGGAGAAAGUUGGUAAGGAAGGUGUCAUUACGGUGAAGGAAGGUAAGACCUUGGAGGACGAGUUGGAGGUGACUGAAGGUAUGAAGUUCGACAGAGGUUACAUCUCUCCCUACUUCAUCACCAACGCCAAGAGCGGUAAGGUAGAGUUUGAGAACCCCUUAAUUCUCUUGUCCGAGAAGAAGCUUUCCUCCAUUCAGGACAUUUUGCCAUCCCUUGAGUUGGCCAGCCAGACCAGAAGACCAUUGUUGAUCUUGGCCGAGGACGUUGACGGCGAGGCCCUUGCUGCUUGUAUCUUGAACAAGUUGAGGGGCCAGGUUCAGGUUUGUGCUGUCAAGGCUCCAGGCUUUGGUGACAACAGAAAGAACACUUUGGGCGAUAUUGCCAUUCUCUCUGGCGGUACUGUGUUUACUGAGGAAUUGGACCUCAAGCCAGAAAGCGCUACCAUUGACCAGUUGGGUUCUGCUGGUUCUAUCACUAUCACCAAGGAGGACACCGUUAUCUUGAACGGUGAGGGUUCCAAGGAGAACAUUCAGAACAGAUGCGAGCAGAUUAGGAACUCUGUCGAGGACACCAAGACCACCGAAUACGAGAGAGAGAAGUUGCAAGAGCGUUUGGCCAAGUUGUCUGGCGGUGUUGCUGUGGUCAAGGUUGGUGGUACCUCUGAGGUUGAGGUCGGCGAGAAGAAGGACAGAUACGACGAUGCUUUGAAUGCCACCAGAGCCGCUGUUCAGGAAGGUAUCUUGCCAGGUGGUGGUACUGCCUUGAUCAAGGCAUGCAGAAUCUUGGAUGACGUCAAGAAGACCGCUGCCAACUUCGACCAGAAAUUGGGUGUUGAGAUCAUCAGAUCUGCUAUUCUCAAACCAGCCAAGAGGAUUAUCGAAAACGCUGGUGAGGAGGGUGCUGUCAUUGUUGGUAAGAUCUACGAUGAGCCAGACUUCAACAAGGGUUACGACUCAUCCAAGAGUGAGUUCACCGACAUGAUUGCUGUCGGUAUUAUUGACCCCUUCAAGGUUGUCAAGAACGGAUUGGUUGACGCUUCCGGUGUUGCCUCGUUGUUGGCUACCACCGAGUGUGCCAUUGUCGAUGCUCCAGAGCCAAAGGGCCCACCGGCACCUGCUGGUAUGAACGGCGGCAUGGGCGGUGGCAUGCCAGGCAUGUUCUAA